CACGUCUAUCAGCGCAACGUGCAGCGAGACAGGCAGCUGAGACAGGAUGAGACUCAGAGGACCACCAUCUCUCGCAUGAGACAAUGGAAAUGUGGCUGAAACGAGCGAUUCUGUUGUUUCUCACAGUGUCAGGAGCAGCCAUGGUGAUGCUGAAGGAGAUCCACAUUAAUCUGACUGAUGCAGCAAAAUCAGAAAACGUCUUGUACGGCUCCACUCUGGUUUUGCACUGCUGCUUGAACACCAGUGGAUAUGAGAAAUGUAGGAUCAACUGGCUUUUCCAGCCCUCUGGAUCAGAUGGAAACCCCUUGAAUAUCACAAAUGUUCAUACCUCCUCAGAGAACUUGAAGAGCAGUUCAAAUGAUUUAUGUUUCAGUGUAACUGCUACUGAAUUCAACGCUGGAUGGUACUCCUGUAAUGUCACAAAAGAGAUUCCUGUGCUAACACAGACCGCGAGCAACAGAACAGAAAUAAUUGUGGAGAAGGGAAACACACCGGUCCCAUCACUAACAACACAGAGUCCAGUGAUUCCCAAUGAUGAUCAUAAAAAUAUGAGUCUGUGGAUCGUGAUAGGAGCGUCUUCUCUAGUUCUCCUCCUCCUCAUCCUGCUGGUCAUCUGUGCUGUGCACAGAAGAUGCUGCCGACGCAGAGAACAACCCAUCUACAUCAACACUCGCGCUGCUGUGAAAAAGCAGCCGUCUCCGAGGCCGGGGCUGCAGGUGGCCAGCCUGAAGAACAAACCAUCCUCUGAGGACCUGAGGACCCCCAGUCCCUCCAGGAGGUACGAGCAAGGAACCCGGAGAUGUAAACACUGAUGACGUCACGGACCACCUACCACGAGGGGAACUUUUACAAACGUUUUUAUAUAAAGUUCAGGCUUUGUGGAGUACCUGUGAUGAACCACUAGGGGGCGCACGGGGACUCAACCACUGAGGUAUUUUCUAUUAGUUUGUACUGAUGAUUUGUGAAUCAGCUUUUUAUGAUAAAUAAUAACAUUUUAGUUUCAUAUAAUAAUAAAUGUAUUAUAGCAUUUUCAUGAAAUGUAUGCCUGUACUUGAAACUGAUGAAAUAAAAACUGAUUCAAUAUGUUAA